AUGCUUCGACCGCGCGCCACGAUGGAUUCGUUCGAGCAAGAGAUGCUGAUCUCCUCUUGGACGAGAGAGUCCGCAAAGAGAGAGCUGCGGCGCGCCAGGGCGCUGUGUCGCGAGGUGCAGACCGAGGCAAUGUCGGUCUCCAGAGGCUCGCCGAAGGUCACAGAGCGAGGCGAGGUAGGCGAUAGCAAGUCUGAUGUGCCAGACGAGAGCAGGGCAGACCCGGGGACGGGGGAGCAGACGGCAGUGCCAGACGAGAGCAGGGCAGACCCGGGGACGGGUGAGCAGACGGCAUCGGCCGCCAUAUAA